GCAGGCGCAGAAUGUCUAAGGAAACUGAAUAGGGAAAGCGAGGAAAGCCACGAUUUGCUGAUGCAGGAGUGGUGAAAUCUACUGAGAGGGCGUUGAAAGAGGAAUGCAUGUAAAAUGAUUAAGACAAGGUGUCUUUGAUUGACAGGUGUGUGUGCGUGCUCAGGUGAGGAUGACAAUGGCUCAUGUUGGAGCAGUGGUCGCGGCGGUGACUGGGGUCAUGGCCAUCCUCCUACACUCAUCCAUACACCGCAUAGACGAGGGACACGUGGGUGUCUACUACAGAGGUGGAGCACUCUUGACUUUCCCGAACGGGCCUGGAUACCAUAUCAUGCUGCCUUUCAUCACUACCUACAGAUCUGUGCAGACGACACUGCAGACAGAUGAGAUUAAGAAUGUGCCUUGUGGAACCAGCGGGGGUGUGAUGAUCUACUUUGACCGAAUCGAGGUUGUGAACAUGCUGGUGCCGACUGCAGUGGUGGACAUUGUGAGGAACUACACCGCUGACUACGAUAAAACACUCAUCUUCAACAAGAUCCACCACGAGCUCAACCAGUUCUGUAGUGUACACACGCUUCAGGAAGUUUACAUUGAGCUCUUCGACAUCAUCGAUGAGAACCUGAGGACGGCCUUGCAGAAGGAUCUGACUAAUAUGGCCCCCGGGCUCACCAUUCAGGCUGUGCGCGUCACCAAGCCGAAAAUCCCUGAGUCGAUCAGGAGGAACUAUGAGCUUAUGGAGGCGGAGAAGACUCGUCUGAUGAUCACGGCCCAGACACAGAAGGUCGUGGAGAAGGAGGCUGAGACGGAGAGAAAGAAAGCCAUCAUCGAGGCGCAGAAGGUGCUCCAGGUGGCUGAGAUCCAUUUCCAGCAGAAGGUGAUGGAGAAGCAGACUGAAAAGAAGAUCUCAGAGAUUGAGGACUCUGCAUUUCUGGCACGAGAGAAGGCCAAAGCAGAUGCUGAGUACUACACAGCAGAGAAGAUUGCUGAAGCCAACAGGGUGAAGUUGACCCCUGAGUACCUGCAGAUGGUGAAGUACCAGGCCAUUGCGUCCAACAGCAAGAUCUACUUUGGCCAGGACAUCCCCAACAUGUUUGUGGACAACAGCGCCCCCUCUGAGGGUGGAGGAGCGGUGCAGGAGGACGGCGCCGAGCUCACAGAGAACAGGCCCCGCCACAAGGGUGCGCCGUCCCGCACCCACACAGAGGGGCAGUGAGGGGCCACCGAGCCCCUGGACUCCGAGAUGACCCACCCUGUCCAUCUCUGUCCGUCCGUCCGUCUGUCCGUUGACUUUGAAUGUCCCUUUGACGAUCUGUCUGAUGCAAUGUGUGUGUGUCUGAUGCAAUGUGUGUGUGUGUGUCUGUCUGAUGGAAUGUAUGUGUGUCUGAUGCAAUGUGUGUGUGUGUGUGUGUGUGUGUGUCUGAUGCAGUGUGUGUGUGUGUGUCUGUCUGAUGCAAUGUGUGGUCUGCCUGCUGAUAUGACCACCAGGUUGUCUGUUGAUCUGAAUGGCCCACUGACUGGACGAUUGUCUGUUGUCUGUCUGUCUAUUGGUCAGUGGGGUUUGGGCUCUUAAUGUCUUGAUGCUUCACCAGCUUGUAAGGGUGCUCUCUCUGCUAGGAUCCUAGGGCAAGAGAGACUGCGUGCGUGCGUGGGUCGGUGCAUGUGUGUGUGCGCGUGCGCGGGUCGGUGCGUGCGUGUGUGUGUGCGUGCGUGCGUGCGUGCGGGUCGGUGCAUGUGUGUGUGUGUGUGCGUGCGUGCGUGCGCGGGUCGGUGCAUGUGUGCGUGUGCGCGUGCGCGUUUCCUGAUGCUGUUGAGCCAGGCAACGCUCCAGGGGGCCCUAAUCUCCUGCACCUGCCUCUGUGCCGCACAUUCAUCUGGGACAGAGUCUGUUUGGUGGAGUGAAGCCUGAUGGCGUGCGUGCGUGCGUGUGUGUGUGUGUGGAAUGGACCAGCUCUGAGUCUGUUUGGGUCAGCAGCAAUGUUGGGUGGGGUCAGGUCAUCUGGGUGGGGUCAGGUCAGGUCAUCUGGGUGGGGUCAGGUCAGGUCAUCUGGGUGGGGUCAGGUCAGGUCAUCUGGGCUAACUGGAACAUCAAGCUUCUGUGUGUCACUCCACCCACCGUCUACAUCAGCAACCCUCUCCUCCUCAAACACAUUUGUCUUAAGACUGGUAACACACACACACACACGCACGUUUGAGUCUUAGUGUUUGUAUGUUGCACAGUUCUGAUUGAUGCCCGCGUGUUAGUUCAUGCCAUAACAGCGGGACGGCUGUAGAACUUUCUGUAGGCUCAUCGUCUGCUUUUACGCAGACUACAGACUGCCCUCGAGUUGACCAGGGGCAGUUACCUACAAUCACCAUGGCAACGGGCCUGUCCACCACCAUGUCUGAACAGCUGCAAAGCAAACUAGUCAUGCCAUCAGUGGUGCUUUCCUUAGUGGCUGUACAUUUGGGACCCACACAUGAGCUACCUUAUUGCGUUAGCAUGUAGCGUAGCUGUCAUCAGAGCUACCUUAUUGCGUUAGCAUGUAGCGUAGCUGUCAUCAGAGCUACCUUAUUGCGUUAGCAUGUAGCGUAGCUGUCAUCAGAGUUGCCUUAGCAUGUAGCGUAGCUGUCAUCAGAGUUACCUUAUUGCGUUAGCAUGUAGCAUAGCUGUCAUCAGAGCUACCUUAUUGCGUUAGCAUGUAGCGUAGCUGUCGGUCUGUAGGGGUUGAAUGGCUGCUGACCUUUAGCCUUGCGAUAGAAAAGGAGAAGGCUAAGGACAAGGGAUCCCAAAACACUAGAGCUUAUCUGCGCUGUUGUGGCUGUUUGACUUAAUUAUUAUUUUGUGUUUUUGAUUGUUUUCUGGCAUGCAUGUGUUUUGGGUUUUUGCUCUGUUUACGUUAGCUGUGUAUGGGGCAGAGAACUCUGGGUAAUGUAGUUAUGAGCCUUCACUGCCUCUGCCUUUGAGGGGGUCCAGCAGAUUCCCUCUCUCUCUCUCUCUCUCUCUCUCUCUCUCUCUCUCUCUCUCUCUCUCUCUCUCUCUCUCUCUCUCUCUCUCU